UUUAGUCCUCAAGACAAUGCACAGGUUUGUAUCACUGGAAAUGGCUUUUUUAAACUUUUUAAGUACAGUGAAGGAACUUUGAAGCAGAUGAAUUUGCAAAAGGGAGAGCCGCAAAACUACUUGUGCCAUGCCUGGCUGUCCGAGGAGGAAGUUAUAUGUGGCACUGACACAGGCAAACUUACCUUGUUUGAAACUGGAGAGCUGCAGUGGGAGACAAGUGUAGAGUACAAAAAACCACCCAGGGAACUAGAAGAAUAUGCAACAACAAAAGAACAUGACAGCUCUUCUGAUGUCUCUUGUGGACUGGCCUAUGAAGAUAAUGGUUCACAACAGGAUUCUUUGCCUCAAAUAUCUGCAGUUGCAGCUUAUUCCAAAGGCUUUGCAUGUUCAUCUAGCCCAGGAGUUGUUCUUCUGUUUGAGAAGACCAAGGAAAAGGAAGUCUACAAGGAGAGUCAAGAAAUCUGGCUUCCUCAGGACCUGUUCAGCAGUGAGCCAAAACAGUCAGGCAGACAGGACAUUAUAUGUAUAUGCUUCAGCCCCUCCGAGGAAACGAUGGUCAUUAACACAAGUAAAAAUCAGCUCUACAUGUUUACUAUGCUCACCUCUGAUCUUACGAAGGAGAAGGCAGCUUAUUUUGCCUAUCUGAAUUUCCCAUUGCAUUCUGCUUCAAUCACUGGUCUGGACAUCUGUAUGUGGAAACCCAUUCUUGCUACUUGUUCCCUGGAUAGAUCUGUCCGCAUCUGGAAUUACAAGACAAACACUUUGGAGCUGUGUAAGGAAUAUCGGGAGGAAGCAUACACAGUAUCACUUCAUCCCACUGGCCUUUUCUGUUUGGUUGGGUUUUCUGACAAACUACGAUUUAUAAGUCUACUGUAUGAGGACAUGCAUGUUUUCAAGGAGUUUGCUGUGAGAAAGUGUAGAGAGUGCUCAUUCAGUAACAGAGGACAUCUUUUUGCUGCAGUUAAUGGAAAUGUGAUUCAAAUUUAUUCCAGCAUCACCUUUGAGAGUAUUAAUAAUCUGAAAGGACAUAGCGGGAAGAUACAUGCAGUUAAAUGGAGCGCAGAUGAUACUAAAUUUUUCUCCUGUGACACCCAUGGUGCCGUGUAUGAGUGGAACUUGUUGACAGGUAAAAGGGAGUCAGAGUGUGUGCUCAAGUCCUGCAUCUACAGCAGCAUUGCCCUGUCUUCUGAUGCCAAAAUCAUCCUAGCUGUUGGAUCCGACCAAACUCUCAAAGAAAUUUCAGAGUCUUCGAUCCAGCAUGAAAUACCUGCUUUUGGUGUUGUUUAUACUGCAGUAGCUGUUUCUCAUUCCGGGCACAUGGUAUUUGUUGGUACAUCUCUGGGGACAAUUCGAGCUAUGAAAUACCCUUUACUUGUGACAAAGGAUUUCAAUGAGUAUCAGGCUCAUGCAGGUGCUGUCACAAAGAUGUCCAUAACAAUUGAUGACCUAUUUCUGCUGACUGCCUCAGAGGAUGGCUCUAUAUUUAUCUGGAAAGUGUGUGAUAAAGGAGGUGGGAUACUGAAAUGGGAAAAGGAAGUUGAGUAUGCUGAGGAAGUGCUGAUCAUGAGAUCAGAUAUAGAAGAAAAGAGUCAGGCAAUGCUAGACCUGCAGAUUCGUGUGAAAGAGCUACAGACAGAAAAUGAUUAUCAGCUAUGUCUCAAGGACAUGUACUGUAAUGAAAAAAUAAAGGAAUUAGAAGAGAAUUUCACUCAGGAAAUAGGCUCCCUUCAAACCAAACACCAGAUUUUACAGGCAGAGAAAGAAAAACAGGAGCUGCAACACCAGUUUCAACUGUCUGAGCUGAUGAAUAAACAGGCCAGGGAGGUGCAACAGCUAGAAUCUGACAGUAAUCAGAAACUCUUAAUGGAAAAUGAGAAAUACCAGGAGCUGCAAGUGAAAUCCCAGAGGAUGCAGGAGGAAUAUGAGAAACAAUUGCACAAUUUGGAGGAAAGCAAAAGCAAGGCUGUGAAGGAGCUAACAGAAUAUUAUGAGGAAAAACUUAAUGAGAAAUCUGUUCUGCUGGAAGAGGCACAGGAGGAUAUGAGGCAGCAGCUUCAAGCGCAUGAAGAAAUUAAGAAACAGAUUGAAGAAGAUGAAGACCGAGAAAUCCUGGAAAUGAAAAUCAAGUAUGAGAGACGGCUCGUGGAAGAAAAGGAAUCAAACCUGCAACUGAAAGGAGAAAUAGGAGUCAUGAAUAAAAGGUUGAACAGCCUACAGAAAGAGCUCAAGGAGCGAAACAGGGACAUUGAGGAAAUGAAACUGGAACAGCAGAAGCUGCAAGGCAUCAUUAAGUCACUGGAGAAGGACAUCUUAGCGCUGAAGACAGAGAUUCAAGAGAGAGCUGACACUAUCCAAGACAAGGAGAAGCAUAUAUAUGAUCUAAAAAAGAAAAAUCAGGAACUGGAAAAGUUCAAGUUUGUACUGGAUUACAGAAUAGAGGAGUUGAGGAAGCAAAUAGAGUCCCGUGAAAAUGAUAUUAAAACAAUAAAGGAGCAGAUCCAUGAGAGGGAGGGGGAGCUGGAACGAUUCCACAAGGAGAGCACACAGUUGAAGCUGAACAUCACACAACUGCAACAGAAACUAAAGGCAACUGAUUGCGAGAUGCACAGAGAGAGGCAGAAGAAGCAAAAUAUGGCAGCUGUCAUCAAACGAUUUAAAACAGAUCUUCAUAAUUGUGUGGGCUUCAUUCAGGAUUCAAAAAAAAUGAAGGAUGGGAUCCAUGAGCUCUAUGCCAAGUACGUGCAGCAAUCAGACAUGGUGGAGACUGAAGCAGUAGACACAGAUUUGCAGCAGGAGUACAUGAGACAGCGAGAGUAUCUUGAGAGGAAUUUGGCAGCUUUAAAAAAGAAGGUGGUAAAGGAUCAGGAAAUCCACCAAGCUGCUUACAUGCGCAUCAUGCAGGAAAAUGUGAGUCUGAUUAAGGAAAUUAAUGACUUGCGGCAAGAACUGAAGGCGGCCCACACCCAGGUACAUGAUCUCCGGUCAACACUAAGGUUAACCAAGAAAAAGCAAGCAAUUCAAGACACAGCUCCCUCCAGCGAAGUGCAAUCCAGCCCAGCUGUCCUGAGAUUGAAUGCAGAGAAGGAAAGCGAGAAAAUCAUAGAAAUGCAGCAGCUAGAAAUUCAAUACCUGCGAGACCAAAUCCAGGAGAAGGGGCAACUCCUUGCAGUUCAGCCUCUCUUAGGUGGAAAUCUUCCUAAGCUGAAUUUGGAAAGGAGCCACAAGACACAGCAACAGUGA